AAAAAAAAAACAAAAAAAAAAACAUCAUUAACCCUUCAAACCUCAAAAAUCAAACACACUCUCUCUCUGUUCGGUGUUGUUCAGAAAAAAAGUAUCAAACACUUUCUCUCUCUAUCUUUUUCAUCUUUUUGUUCAACCAUGAAGAAGCUCUACCAUAAAGCGACGGUUCAUCCAUCACCACCGGUGAUAACCGACCAACUUUCCUUCCUUCCGGCAACCAUCCUUACCCUAGCGGCGGCGCUAUCACCUGAAGACAGAGAAGUCUUAGCUUAUCUCAUCUAUUGUUCAUCCACAACAGCCCCACCAACUUUCAGCAAUUUCUCCGGAAACCCACGACGGAGCACGGUCAAGACAGGCGAUCAUGCAACUCUGUUCAACUGCAGCUGUUUCAGAUGUUAUACAAGUUACUGGGUCAGAUGGGACGAGUCACCGAAUCGUCAACUCAUACAUGAGAUCAUCGAUGCUUUUGAGGAGUGGUUGGUUCAGAGUGGUAAAGGUGGAAAGAAAGGGAAAGGAAAGAAAGAGAAGAGGAACAAGAAAGGGUUUGAAAAUAAGAAUAAGAAUAAGAAUUCUGGUGAGUUGAAUCGGUCUGUGUUGAACGAGUCAACUACUGAGUUAGAAUCUGUUGGUGAAAGUAGUAAUAGUAGUAACAAUAGUGGUGGAAGUGAAAAUAGUGAAAAGGUUGUUGUUGUUGUUGCUGAUGAAGAAAAAGGGUCAGUGAGAAAAUUUGUGAGUUUCAUUGGAGAAAGGAUUUGGGGUGUUUGGGGAUAGUGAAAUGAAUUUGGAAGAGAAAAAUAAUGAAGAAAAUUUCAUAUAAUGAAGAACAAGAAGAAGAAGAAAUUAAGGUAGGUUUGUUUAGUCUACCCUUUUUUAUUUUCUUUUUUUCUUUUAAUUUUUUGUUAAAAUCUUUUUGUACAUUAAUCAUCACCAUGUUAUGUUUAAAAAGAAAAAAAUGUUUAUUUGGUUUUGUGAUGAAUGAGUUAGAUUUUGUUGUUAAACAUCAGACAAAUGUUCUGGUUUAUGUUUUUUGCUUCAAUGGAUAUAUCUCAUUCUAA